AUGGGAGGAACUACUUUACCUGAAAGGGUAGCACAGAUUUACUAUACCUAUGGCCUCUUCUGCUCAUCAUAUCCCGGAAUUGCAAUAACAUUAGCUCUUUCAGUUAUUCUCUUAUGCUGCUAUCCACUGCUAAAUGUGCCAUUACCAGGAAAUAUACCAACAGUAGUAAAUUUACAUAUGAGCAAUGAACAUACAAAAGCAAUGGAUUGUAUUUCUAAAAAUUGCCCUGUAAAAGAUUUAAUAUUUCAAUUGGACCAAUUGCAUAAUGAAACACAAAAACUUCCUUAUAUCUGGGUGAAGGAUAAACCCCUAUUAUAUGUUCAUCAAAUUAUUAUGAGAAUAGGUGUAUCGCCUUGGAACAAUAAUUUGAAAAUGUGGGACGCUUUCCGAGCUCCUUUACAAGAAGUAUUUCGAUUACUAGAAACUGUUCGAAACCAUGAAGAUCCUGAAACAAAGAAAACUUUAUUGGAACACUGUUACCAAAUUGAGGGGAUCAAUCGGCCAACCAAUAAAGAAAGCCUUGAACGUGUCCUACCUGAGUACAGCUGUCUCCUUCUCUCGCCGGCUAAUCUGUGGCAACAGAGCCUACAAUCAUUCUCACUAGAUGCUAACAUUAUUAAUACUAUUUAUACCUAUCAGAGUCUUCAAAAGGGCAAGGCGUCUAUAGCGGAAAUGGCUUUUGGCAUGCACAUGCGUGAUGCGGGCGUCAAGAGGUACCCGCUGCGAGCUCGCGCCCGUAUACUUCAAUACGCUGUAACAAUAUUCUAUGAACAUGCAGACCAACAAUUUAUUAAUUCACUCUCUAAGAAACUCCGAGAAAUGUAUCCACUGUAUCAAGACACGUCACAAGCGUAUUCCGAUGAAGCCACUCUGAUUUAUUAUCCCGGACAGUUUAACUAUCACGAGCUAGUGCCACUGAUGUUUACAUUUGUGGGGCUUUUUCUAUAUGUUUAUUUCUCUGUAAGAAAAAUUGAAUUUAUAAAGUCCAAGUUUGGGCUGGCAGCUUGCGCCGUCCUCACUAUAGCGGGAAGCCUGUCCAUGUCGAUGGGCAUUUGUUUCUAUUUCGGAUUUUCCUUGAGCUUGCAGGGAAAAGAAAUAUUCCCCUAUCUCGUGGUAAUCGUCGGGCUGGAGAACGUACUAGUGCUCACGAAAAGUGUUACAUCAACCGAUUCGAGACUUGAUGUAAAAAUUCGCCUCGCUCAAGGCUUAAGCAAAGAAGGCUGGUCGAUAACGAAAAAUUUAUUGACAGAAAUCACAAUUCUUACCGUCGGCUUUUUUACAUUUGUACCGUUUAUACAAGAGUUUUCAAUAUUCAUGAUCGUCAGUCUCAUUUCGGACUACUUUAUGCAAAUGGUGUUAUUCGCAACCAUAUUAGGUAUCGACGUCCGGCGUAUGGAGUUCUUUCCUGAGCAAAAUACUAAAUUGCACCUAAAAGAGUAUUUUAACGCGAACAACGCCCUAAACUGGCGCUAUAAUAAGGGUUAUUCAGAGGAAAAUAAUUUCUCACCACACAGAAUGACUAAAUCGAAGUCACACCCCAGGUUGAAUGGUUUGACACAAAAUAAUCCGACAGACGUGGUGGCUAAGAGAACUUCUAGUCCGGGAAGUCAAGACAGAGUGCCGAAACGAAUAAGACUCGUUAACAUGUGGGCUAGGACUCGCUUCUUUCAAAGAGCUUUUAUGGUGUGGAUGCUAGUUUGGAUAUCCAUGAUAGUAUACAAUUCGGGUGUUGUCGAUUAUUUCAUUGCAACAGUAGAAAAAUCAGACCACAAUGUAGAUAGACGCACAAAUUUUAAUGACAGAAACAAUACAAAUCAAGAAAUAUAUAUGAUUUUCAACAAUAGUGGUCGGCAGCCUUUAGUAUUUUCACCGUUGUUGGAGACAAGCGGGAAUGACAAAGUAGCCGUCGAUGCGAAUGAUACAAUAUUUCUAAAACAUUCUUCACAUUAUCGUCCUUUCUCCAGGCUAUCCCCAAACCACUGGUCAGCUAUCCUCUCUCAAUACAACGAGUCGGUAGCGGGCAGGUACGUGGUGGUGCUACCGCCGGUGCUGGUGAGCCACCGCGUGGGCCCCGAGCUUGCGGCCGGGCUGAGACACCCGGACGAGCGAGACCCGCCGCCGUUACGAUGGCAGGCCCUGGCAGCUGCACUCGAUCCUAUAGAUAUAUUACCAGAGUUCGAUUUAGCAGACAUAAAUCCAUCUCAUCAAUGGGGAAAGGGAGCGGAACUACCGAUUUAUCCUACUACCCCUAUGGAGAUCCUUCUCCUAGCUAUCCUCUGCACUAUAAGCGUUGCCGUCAUUGCUUAUAUGAUGGUUGUACUUUAUAGAUGCGUGUGCUCACGACAUUACGCGGAAUGGCGCGCUUCAUGGAAUGACGAUAAUGAAUAUAAGAAGAUUAUAGCGAAGCAGCCAGCCGUUCAGUUGGUCAUGGAAGCUGUGCCUUUAGUAGUGGCAGGGCAUAGUCAAGAGGUCGAAUGUCUCGUGACAGACGGUGAGAAAGUUGUCAGUACGUGCUUGCAAGGCAACAUAAAAGUCUGGGACUCGCUGAAUGGCGAAAUAAUAACCAACAUAGAUCGUUCCGCAUACUUUAAACUCCAAAUGGAAUUGUAUGAUAAAGUUAACUCCAAAAAGAUAUCUCCAGAUGAACAGCAAAUUAGAAUUGAAUCAUGCCAUUGUUCAACUGAAGUGCCACAAGCUAGUGAGAAUGUUCCCCGACUCAGGAGAGGCUUAAGUAAUCACCUGAGCAACAUACGUUUUAGAACUAACAGAAGAAUUAGCACAGAUUAUCUCUCGCCUGCUGAGAAUACUAAAUAUGAAUUUGCUAAAGCCUACAGAGACUUGUACUACACAGAGGCUAUAAGCAAAGAUGACUUGAACGCAGCAAGAAAUGACAGUAGUGUUAGUGAUGAUAGUUGUAACUCAUGUGACAAUUCUGUAAAUAGUUUAAGAAAUAGGGGUGGAUGUAGAAUAAGUGGUAGAACUAGUAGUGAUGUGAAUAGUGAGGACUGUAAAGGGAGGGCUAUGUCUGAAUCUCCGGUGUGGUGUAUGGACUUUUGCAAUGACCUCAUCAUACUUGGUUGUGCCGAUGGCAGGCUGGAGUUCUGGGAAGCCAGCACUGGCAAAUUGCUGAAUGUGUGGUGGCCGAGCGAGGGACGUGCGGGCGGUCCCGGCGGGCGCGGGGCGACGCACGUGCGCGCGCUGUCGGGCGCGCGGCGCGUGUGCGUGGCGGCGCUCUCCGGUCAUCUCACGCUGCUGCGCCUGGACGCGUACAACGCGCAGUCCGGCGCGCACGUCGACUGGCGGUUCAGUACGGCGCAUAGACGGACACACAAGCGGACGGCUUCCGCUGAGUUGCUCCGAAGCGCACCCGGCAUGGAAGAGGACCACAAGGAACGCAUGAGCUUCUCGUACGACGCAGAUCAUAGUGACAAUGAUGAAGUGGUCUGCGUUCGGAUAGCACAAUGUAGGCCUCACCAGCAACCAAUCACGGAAAUGCACUCCGAGGGUGGGAGAAUACUCACCGGCGGACAGGAUCAUGUACUCAAGGUGUUCUCAAGUUCAGAACUAACACCAUUAUUGACACUUCAUGGGCAUUGCGGGCCGAUCACCAGCUGCUUCAUAGACCACGCGACGCCUACCAUCGCGGGUAGCGGCUCUCAGGAUGGGUUGCUCUGUGUAUGGGACUUGCAUACUGGUGCGUGCGUGUACAGUAUGCAGGCGCACGACGGCGCGGUGACGUCACUCGCGUACACCGCCUCCUACGUGGUGUCCGCUGGCUCGGACGAGCGACUCUGUAUAUGGGACCGUUUCCAGGGGCACAUGCUUAAUUCAAUACACAUUGGUCUCAACUACAUGAGCCGCAUGCUGCCGUUGACUCACACGUUACUUGUGAUGGGUGACAGGAGCGGCCUCACUGCUUAUGACUUAAGUAGUGGUGACGUCAUAAGGAGAGUACUAUUCGGUCAAAGCGACGGCUGUAUCUUCGUACGACAAAUUCUACCGCUCAAAGACGCUAUAGUGUGCGACUACGCUAACCAACUGCGCAUAGUACGUUUCCCACUUGUGUCUAAACUCGACAUGAAGAGUGAA